AGGAAAGAGGAGGUUGAGAAGACUAAGACAAGAAGAAUGAAACAAAGAAAGUGUGUGUGUGAGAGAGAGAGAGAGAGAGAGAGAGAGCAGUCAGCGUUUGAUGCUAACCUAAUCCAGUCAGUGAGUCAGAUACAUUUAUUUUAACUUGGAUGACCAGCUUUUCCAGCUGCUGACCGGCUCUUUUGGAUUUACUAUCUCACCACAUGCCACACACACACGUUGACGCUCCUAUACACGCCAUACGGCAGCUUGAAGUCUGCAGGCUGGAUCUGCUUUCAUCUCCGGAUGUGCCACCACAGUUGGAACACACCAGUCUACGUCUGGUGCAUGUGUGUGUCUGUCUGUGUGUGUGUGUUUUCUGAGCCUGUUGGAUUGACAAGGAACUUGUUGGAUUAACUGUGGAAUGCUGAGCUACUCCCAUCAAGGAAAAACGUGGAAUAUUGUGGAAGGAGUUCAAGAGUUUGGAAUUCUUUCCUCCCUUCAGUGAUGCUUUUGGCUUUUUAAGCCUUUUUCAUUUUCUUCUCUGCUCAGUUUGGAGUCUGGAAGUCUGAGAUGAGCUCUCUAUGACUGACGCUCCAACAAGUUUGUCCUCGUGGAAGCGUGUGUGUGUGUGUGUGUAGAAUUACAUGUGUAGCUGUGCGAUGUUGACAGCAGCUGAGUUGCCCAUGGUAAUGCCUGCUGCCACUGCGUUUCCACGACUCGGUGAUAGAAAGUGGAGUUUUUGGGACGUGGUGGGGGUGGACUGUAGCGCUCCCGAGCCACGCUGCAUCUGGGUAGCCGUGUUCCGGGAUGACUCGGUCAUCACGCACACUCCCAGCAUUGAAUCUGCACCGACUCGACCCAGAACAGCAUCAUGUGACAACAGGACAAAGGAGCGAAGAGAUGGGAUUUCAUCGUCCAGUGAUAACCCUCGGCCGGUCCUGGGGGGCGGAGCUGAAGGCCGGAGUGUGUCCUGGCAAGGCCCGCGGACGCUGGUGCUCCAUAAGAACUCUCAGGGCUUCGGCUUCACGCUGCGGCACUUCAUUGUAUAUCCGCCUGAGUCGGCUUUGCACACUAGCCUCAAGGAUGAUGAGAAUGGAAACGGCAAAGGUCUACAGCGAAGUCAGCUGGAACCAAUGGACACCAUAUUUGUGAAGAAUGUGAGGGAGAAAGGCCCUGCUCACCAGGCUGGUUUGUGCACAGGUGACAGAUUAGUAAAGGUGAAUGGUGAGAGUGUACUGGGUAAGACAUACUCCCAGGUGAUAGGACUAAUUCAAAACAGUGAGAGUGUAUUGGAACUUUCCAUAAUGCCAAAGGAUGAGGAUGUACUGCAACUGGCGUACUCUCAUGAUGCCUACUUGAAAGGGAACGCGCCAUUUACAGGAGGGGCCCAGAAUAUUCCUACACCGCCCCCUCUGUGCUACCCACCACGUUCCCAGCCUCAUCCAAGCCACACCCCCUGCCCUGCCCCUUCUCGGUCCCCCCACAUGGGACAGAACCAGCUGGACAACUGGAGCCGCUGGCCCGGCUCUGCCUCCAGCCCAUCCCCACCACUUGACAACCGGACAAGUGCACCUACCACCACCAGUAUGGCCUGGGCAUCAGAAAGCCGUGAAGCGGGUGGUGUCAGCCACAGCAGCCCUGCCCAUCGCACAGAGGAAAUCCGGUAUGGCAUGACUGAGAGAGGACGUUCAUUCUCUUCCUCAUCUUCUACAAGUCCACCGCACCACACUCACCAUGGGAACAACAGCAAGGACAACUUGUCACGGGGCAACCCACCAAAACCUGCACCGGUGUCAAGUUCAAGCCGCAGUGAACGCGCCCAACAGGCUCUCACUAAUUGGUACUACAACCAGGUGUCAGAACGGGAACGGGAACGCUCAACUGUUCGCUCUCUACACCACCGACAACGCAGUUUCUCUCAGGACCGUCUGGGAGAGAUAAACCGAAGCAGACGGACACAUAGGACUGAUUUUCCCCAGAGUGCCUCUCAGGACACGUUGCUGUACCCGGGGCAACAUCCUCAUUGGAUGCAGGUCCUGCCUUCUACCUGCCAGAACCGUUCUCGGUCUGAGAACCUUCUCCGCAGUCGCUACGGGCACUCGGGUCGCUCAUUAGAGGCUUUAGACCAGGUACUUUCCCCAAUGUCGCCGCACCACAAGAGACAAGCCUGGCAUCAACAGCACCAGAAGCAGGGAAGUCAUUUUAGCCUGGCACAGACACCAUCUAAUGCCCGUCAUGUGCAAGUUCAACGCCAACACCAAUCCCAAGCUUCAGAGCAGCACCGUUGUCAACAACACCCAACCCAACAGCACCAACACCCACCAAAGCAUCAAAAUCAAAUGCAUUCAUCACAACAUCCACCCCAGAGCCGCCGUUUGACCUCUUGCCAGAGUGUGGAUCAGGAGCAGAUCGGCUACCGCAGCUACAGUCCCUCCUUUAACCGCAAGAGUGGACGAAUCCUGCAGCAUGCCCAAUCAUUCCGGGACCCGUCCUACACAGGCCCACGCCUCAGCUGGACCAGUCUUCAAGAGGGCAUGGCUUCAUCUCCCACUCCAUCACCUGCCCCUCCUGCUUGCUCAGUGUCUGGUGAAGGACAGGAUGGAACUCAUCGUCCAACUAACCAUGAAAGAGAGGGCGGAGAGAUAGAACCGGAGAUCCAAGCGCAGGUCCAAGAGGUGGUACUAAGACAAAAGCCACCCAUGGGCCGAAGGGCUGACCGCCGACUCCCUCUGGCACUCGACGGUAGUGACCCUCUACUUUUCACCUCGGACCCUGAGGAAGCUCUGCUCAAGUCAGAGGGUUCUUCCUCCCAACAGCACGCGAAUGGUAAUUUAGCACCGCUCUCUGUGGAGGAUGACUCGCUGGCCUCUAUCCCCUUCAUUGAUGAGCCAACCAGCCCGAGCGCAGAUCUGCGGGCGUGUCACGUCCCCGCCUCGUCCGUCGUGUCCAGCGGCGGCCUUAAAUCCGCCCCUCCUGCGGGGACGAGCCCCGCCUCCCCAACCUUCACCUUCCCCCUCAGCCGCCUCUCCUCCCACGACUGCAGCAACAUCAAGUCCAGUCGCCGCUCGUCUUAUCUGUUGGCCAUCACCGAACGCUCCAAGUCAUGUGACGAGGGACUCCACACUCUCAGAGACGACGGGCGGACCUUCUCGAGGUUGCCAAAGAGAGUUAAAAGCUUCUUCGGUGAUGGGUCUCUGGACAGCUUGACGGCGGCUGAUGAGGCUCGCUCUAAGCGGCACUCUGCCUCAGAGCUGGGCACCAUCAGCUACAGUGACGUGAGGAAAGAAGGAUGGCUGCACUACAAACAGAUCCAUACUGAGAAGGGCAAGAAGGUGGGCAGUGCCAUUCGCCCCUGGAGACGGGUCUACUCAGUGCUGCGUUUCAGUGCACUCUACCUGUACAAAGACAAGCGGGAGGCACUGCUGAAGGGUGUCGCCCUGGGAGGCGGAUCCGAAGACGAGCAACCGAUCAGCAUCCGCGGCUGCCUGGUGGACAUCGCGUACAGUGAGACGAAGCGUAAGAACGCGCUGCGACUGACCACGCAGGACUUCUGCGAGUACCUGUUGCAGGCUGAAGACCGAGAUGACAUGCUGGAGUGGAUCAGAGUGAUCCAGGAAAACAGCAAGACUGACAGCGAGGAGUUGGGAUUCUCUCGACAAGCUCUCAUCAGUAAGAAACUGAAUGACUACAGGAAGCAGAGUCCGACAGGUAAUAAGCCUGACUCGUCUCCCCGAGUUCCACGCAUGACCUUCUUGCUCACCAAGGCCGACAACAGCAGUGCGCCCCCACGCUCCCCCAAACACGAAGCCAAAGAGGAGAGCAGUCCCCCCAAAUCUCCCUGGGGUAUCAACUUUAUGAAGAAAGCGAAGAAGGCGGAUCCGAAAGCGUUUGGAGUCCGGCUGGAGGAUUGCCAACCCGCCUCUAAUAACAAGUUUGUUCCCCUGAUAGUGGAGAUCUGCUGUGGCUUGGUAGAGGAGAUGGGUCUGGAGUACACGGGAAUCUACAGGGUGCCAGGUAACAACGCUGUAGUGUCCAGCCUGCAGGAACAACUCAACAAGGGCGGUGACAUUAACACUACAGAGGAGCGGUGGCAGGACCUGAACGUGGUGAGCAGCCUGCUCAAAUCUUUCUUCCGCAAGCUCCCAGAGCCCCUCUUUACUGAUGACAAGUACAAUGACUUCAUCGAUGCCAAUCGUAUGGAGAAUCCAAGUGACAGGAUGAAGACCUUGAAAAAACUGAUCCAUGAUUUGCCAGAUCAUUACUUCCACACUCUGAAGUUUCUAAUUGGUCAUCUAAAGACUGUAGCCAAUCACUCGGAGAAAAAUAAGAUGGAACCUCGUAACUUGGCACUAGUGUUCGGACCCACUCUUGUGAGAACGUCGGAGGACAACAUGACAGACAUGGUCACCCACAUGCCUGACCGCUACAAAAUCGUCGAGUCUCUCAUCCAACAUUAUGCCUGGUUCUUCAGCGAGGAACACGACCAGGAUGAAAAGACGCCGGUGGACACAGAGGACGUUCAGCCCGCCCCCAACAUAGACCACCUCUUAUUGAACAUUGGCCGAGCUGGCCUUCUGGGCGAGAUCUCAGACUCAACCAACAGUGAUUCAGCAAAAUCAAAGGGCUCAGGAGGCUCAAAACGUGACCUCACAGCCAAGGACUUCCUGACGACGCUGGCCAUCAUGUCUGCUGUAACUCGGAGGCGCAGAAAACGACCUGUUGCCGGCCUCCUGGGCAGCAGCACUGACGACGACUCGGAACAGGAGCCGAUCAGAGCCGAUCUCACUGUGGAGGGAGAGGGGGAGGGAAAGGAGACGGAGCGGUGUGAAUCUGACACAGCUCCGCGUGCAGAAGCAGAAGAGGAUGAUGAUGAGGAAGCGGAAGAAGAUGACGAAGAGAAUGUGGAAGUGACUAUGGCCUCACCAGGCAAGGACAAACCCGGAAUGCCUUGUGAGGAAGAAGCGCACUCGGUGAUACUCAGCGAGGAAGAGGACCAGAGGUCGGAGACGAAAGGUCGCGGCUGGAGAGGGGAUGAUGCACGUUCUAUUGUCUCGGGUUACUCCACUCUGUCUACGCUAGGGCGGAGUUUAGCGUCCGAGGGGCGAGGUGACGACGCAGAUGACGAGCAGAGCGAGCUGGUGAGUGAGACGGACAAUGAAAGCGGCUUUGCCUCACGCUCUCUCACGCAGGAGCGUCCUGAGAAACGCACACCACCUCCAUCAAAUACACACACCUCACCCGAACCGACGGCACCACGCAGCUUCCUGUACACACACUGCAAAGCCUCCAACCCUGCUCCCGCUCCUGCUCCCGCUCCCACUUCCAUUCAAGCGCCUCCUCUCGCUCCUUCCAAACGCCCCACCCCUGAGCCUGUAGAACGAGGAACUGAAAGUGCAGCACGAUCCUCCACUCCCUCCACCUCCUCCUCCACUGCUUCCCAGCGCCUCCAAAACCGACCCUCCUUCAACUCCCAUCGUCUCAUUCAGUGUGACACUUUAGCACGUCGACGCCUAAAAGCAGAAAAGGCCAAAGCCCGUUCUCUAGAUCCUUUAGAAGUCUGUAACGCUUCACCCACCGAGGAGGAACCACAGUCCAACAAAGGGCGAAUGAGAACCAGCCUUCCGGAAUCCACCCCUUCUCACUCCGCAUCCAGUAGUCACCUGUUAGCUCCACCUCCUGCCCUGGGCUCCACCUCUGGCUCUGCAAGUCAGGCAUCACUGGUAGAGCAGGUGCGUGCACGUCUGCUCGGUUCAGUGGAGGACAUGCGUUCUGUGGGACUGAGGAAACCUCUCUCGCCCGAGACGCGCCGGCGGAGGCGGGCCUGGAGGAGACACACGGUGGUCGUCUCACCUACUGAGGCCUCCCACCAAAGCGUUCAAGUCCCCUCCGUUAACAACAACAACAAACCUCCGGCCCCGCCCCCUAAACCUUUCGUUUUAAUCCACCAUAUUGGGGAUAAGCCCAUCCCUGUUCUCCAGCGCUCCGCAGCCGACACCUCUUCAUCGCGCCAGGCUCCGCCUACCUUGCAGUUCCACGAAUGCUUGUGACAGCAUUUGAAUCACAGUAAUCGGAUUCUUUAGAACAGAGUGUGUAUAUGGACGUUUCACACCAAUACCCCAUUUUCCAUUAACAUGGUGCUCGUUCUGGGAGCCUGGGAUCAUUUUUUAAAAAGUCGACCUACAUUUCCACUGGGAGAAGAACUAAUAUUUAUACGUUUUACCUCGUUUUGUCAGCAAAGUCCGUGAACAGAGCUCAGAGGCAUCACAGGCCGUGACUACACCUAAGACAGCUUACCUUUAGCUACACUACCGUUCAAAAGUUUGGGGUCACCCAGACAAUUUUGUGUUUUCCAUGAAACGUCACACUUUUAUUUACCACCAUAAGUUGUAAAAUGAAUAGAAAAUAUAGUCAAGACAUUUUUCUGGCCAUUUUGAGCAUUUAAUCGACCCCACAAAUGUGAUGCUCCAGAAACUCAAUCUGCUCAAAGGAAGGUCAGUUUUAUAGCUUCUCUAAAGAGCUCAACUGUUUUCAGCUGUGCUAACAUGAUUGUACAAGGGUUUUCUAAUCAUCCAUUAGCCUUCUGAGGCAAUGAGCAAACACAUUGUACCAUUAGAACACUGGAGUGAGAGUUGCUGGAAAUGGGCCUCUAUACACCUAUGGAGAUAUUGCACCAAAAACCAGACAUUUGCAGCUAGAAUAGUCAUUUAGCACAUUAGCAAUGUAUAGAGUGGAUUUCUGAUUAGUUUAAAGUGAUCUUCAUUGAAAAGAACAGUGCUUUUCUUUCAAAAAUAAGGACAUUUCAAAGUGACCCCAAACUUUUGAACGGUGGUGUACGUAACUUGAUUGUGCGACUUUGUAGCAGCAGCAGCAGCAGCAGUUUUGCUAGCAUUAGCUUUACUAAUGUAGCUACUAUUUAGUUACUUGUGAGUCACAUCAGCAACAUUCAUCAUUUUCCGAAAAUCCUCCUGUUCAUGUCUUGUUUUAAAGGUAGCCAUGAAAAUAACUUGAGCUGCUCAAAUUGUUGUCAUGGCAACAAAAUGCCACCGAACCAAAAACCCAAAAUUAUCAUUUUUGGCUCCAGAUUAGUAGCGUUUUAAUGCUGGAACCAAACAAAUAUCCCCGACGAUUUUGAGAUGAUACGCCUGCUUGGGAAUCAGCAUCGGCACCUCGUUGGUGGAAGAAGGGUAUCAAUGAACGGGUUCGCUAACUGUGUGUUUUCUUCUUCUCAUUCAUAGCUGCUCUGCUUGCAUGGCACAGGGCUUCUUUUAAACGUUGCCAAAGUUUUUAUUCUCUCUCGUUAAAUCCUUUUUAGUGCUCUUUUAACACAGUGUUACAAAAGGGCCAGAGAGCAGCGGGGUCUCUGUGUAACAUUUGAAAGAACUGCCAGGCUUCUUGCCACACACUCACACUGGGGUCAUUGUGUGUUUCGGUGCUUCACUGUGUGCUCCCUUAAGAUGCGUCCUCAUUCUCUCACUGUGUCGAAUGGAGGGAAUGCCAAAUUAAAAUUCCCCCCACUUUUACCUUCCCGUUUUCCUGUUACCAUGACGAUGCUGCCUCAUCACAGAUCCCGGGACGAUUAUAAAGGGUACACAAACAUUUACACAAACACACACAUCCUUUCAUCCACUCAACUGCAGACUUCAGCAAAGUAUUAAUGCAGUAUUAGCGAGGCAGUGUUUGCCGACGUCAGAUGUGUCGAAACCGACCUUUGACCCCUAACCUCACUGGUGUCCCUAUGAUGUUAUUUUGAAAAACCACAAGACAAAUUGUGAUGUGGUCACAACACACACACACACACACACACACACACACAUAGAGCACAUGCUGCUCGUUCUAAGCAUUUCUUCAUCUGUGUAUAUUUGUGUGUCUGAAACGGUUUGUGUAUAAUGUGUAUGUAUGUAUGUAUGUAUGUGCGUUCAGCUAUUUUGUAACAUUUGUACAAAGCCUUGCUAAGUUAAUCUUGUAAAUAUGCAUAUAAUAUUUUGUUUUUAAUUUUCUUUUGUUUUGUUUUUAUAUGGUUUACAAAAGUGCACAUAGGUGCACGAUCAUUUCUUUUAAGAUUUUACUUGAAAUGGUUUCUUUGAUGUUUCGUUUUGUAUACAGUAUAUAUAAAAUAUAUAUUAUAUAUUUUGUAUGAACAUAAUAAGUACUUUUGUUUGGGGUGUUAUUUGUUUUAAACAAAACGAACAGAACUAAACCUCCGAUAAGACUGUUGUUUAUUUCCUCAUAAAUGGCCUUUUCUCUGUGACUUACCAGUACUAUGCAGAACUCCAUACACCUCAAUGCAAAGAAAAGAACUUUAACCUGCAGAAGUGUGUCUGUUCAAUGGCCUGUCACAUGCUAUAAUAAAUUCCUUAUUGCUGGGCAUUGCCA